GGGACACAGUGUGCCCCAGGCGGCCGUGCCCGUGAGGCCGCUGGCGCUGCACCUGGCGCACAAGGCGCGCGGGUCCGGGGGCCCCUUCGGCGGGGAGCAGCCGCUGCGGGAGCUGCCGGCCGAGGACGCCCGGGAGGAGGAGGCGGUGGUCGGGCCUGAGGAGAAGCCGCCGCCGCCGCCGCCGCCUAAGGAGAACCCCUGGACCAAAAAGCCUCCCCAGCACCUGUCCCCCACUGGGACGGAGCCGCCGCCGCCCCCGCUGGAAACCCUGGAGGCAGAGCUCAGUUCUCCCAAAAUUAUAAAAGCAGGAAAACUCAAGACAAAGAAAACCAGUAAGGCUAGUGAUUUCAGCGACAUGGCAAAUUGGCCAACACCGAGUGAAUUAGUGAAUACUGGAUGUCAGAGUGUCAUUAACCAAGGAAACAAGAAGCCACAAAAUAGAAAAGAAAAAGAAGAGAAGAUUGAAAAGAGAAGCAACAGUGAGAGCAAAGAAAACCGAGAAACAAAAUUAGAUGGUCCCAGUGAAAAUGUCAGUGAAGAUGAAGCUCAGUCAAGUAAUCAACGAAAGAGAGCUAAUAAGCACAAGUGGGUACCACUCCACUUAGAUGAUGUAAGACCAGAUUGUCAAGAAAGACCAGGAUCCCGGAACAGCUCAAGAUGUCAACUUGAAGCAAAUAAAACGGCACAUAACAAUAGGCGAAAUGAUACACGAAGUUGGCGACGAGAUAGAGAAAAGAGAGAUGAUCAAGAUGAAGUUUCCAGCGUGAGAAGUGAGGGUGGUAAUAUCCGAGGUUCCUUUCGAGGCCGGGGAAGAGGACGAGGCCGGGGAAGAGGACGAGGCCGAGGAAAUCCUCGAUUGAACUUUGAUUAUUCAUAUGGUUAUCGAGAACAUGGUGAGAGGACAGAUCAACCAUUUCAAACAGAACUUAAUACCAGUAUGAUGUAUUACUAUGAUGAUGGUACAGGCGUACAGGUGUAUCCUGUUGAAGAAACAUUGCUUAAAGAGUAUAUUAAGCGCCAAAUUGAAUAUUACUUCAGUAUAGAAAAUUUGGAGCGGGACUUCUUUCUUAGAAGAAAGAUGGAUGAACAGGGUUUUUUGCCUAUUUCCUUGAUUGCUGGUUUCCACCGUGUUCAGGCUCUCACGACAAAUCUUAAUCUCAUUUUAGAGGCAUUGAAAGAUAGCACAGAAGUGGAAAUUGUGGAUGAGAAGAUGAGAAAAAAGAUAGAACCGGAAAAAUGGCCAAUUCCUGGCCCUCCUCCACGUAGUAUGCCACAAACAGACUUCUCCCAACUAAUUGAUUGCCCAGAGUUUGUACCAGGCCAAGCCUUUGGCUCACAUACAGAGUCUGCUCCAAACUCUCCGAGAAUUGGAAGUCCACUGGGUCCAAAGAAAAAUACUGAAACAAGUAAUCUUCAAGCAAUGUCUAGAGGUUUGUCUACCAGUUUGCCUGACUUGGACUCAGAGACUUGGAUAGAAGUUAAAAAGAGACAUCGUCCUUCACCAGUGAAAUUGAAGGAAUCAAUGUCUGUACCUGAUGAGGCAUCAAAUCAACUACACCCUUCAGAAGAGCAAGAACAAGAAGAACUUAGUUUUUUAUUUGAUGAAGAGAUAGAACAAAUAGAAGGUCGAAAAAACACAUUUACUGAUUGGUCUGACAAUGAUUCAGAUUAUGAAAUUAAUGACCAGGAUUUAAACAAAAUUUUGAUUGUAACUCAGACACCACCUUACAUGAGAAAACAUCCUGGAGGAGAUCGAACAGGCAACUAUAUGUCUCGAGCAAAAAUUACAUCUGAACUUGCUAAAGUUAUCAAUGAUGGCUUAUAUUAUUAUGAACAGGAUUUAUGGAUGGAAGAGGAUGAAAACAAACACACAGCCAUAAAGCAAGAAGUUGAGAACUUUAAGAAGCUAAAUCUCAUUAGUAAAGAGCAAUUUGAAAACCUAACACCUGAACUUCCUUUUGAGCCAAACCAAGAAGUUCCUGUAGCACCUUCACAGUCCCAGCAAGAUUUGGCUGAAGAAUUAGCUCAGAAGCUGUUCAAUAUUUCAGAAGUAUCUUCAGCAACAAUGGCCCGUUCAUUGCCCACAGCAGUUCCAGAAUCACCUAGAAUUCACCCUACUCGGACACCCAACACACCUCGAACACCCAGAUUACAAGAUCCUAACAAAACCCCAAGAUUUUAUCCUGUUGUUAAAGAACCAAAAGCCAUUGAUGUAAAGAGUCCAAGAAAAAGAAAAACAAGGCACAGCACAAAUCCCCCUCUAGAGUGUCAUGUUGGUUGGGUAAUGGAUUCCAGAGAUCACGGGCCAAGAACAUCCUCUGUCAGCAGUUCAAAUACUUCACCUUCAGAAGGUGCAGCACUGGUGGGAAGUUAUGGAUGUACUCCUCAUUCAUUCCCAAAGUUCCAGCAUCCUUCCCACGAACUUUUGAAGGAAAAUGGCUUUACCCAACAAGUCUACCACAAGUAUCGUCGAAGGUGCCUAAGUGAGAGAAAACGCUUAGGAAUUGGCCAGUCCCAAGAAAUGAAUACCCUCUUUCGUUUCUGGUCCUUUUUCCUCAGAGAUCACUUCAAUAAAAAAAUGUAUGAGGAAUUUAGACAACUUGCUUGGGAAGAUGCAAAAGAAAAUUACAGGUAUGGAUUAGAAUGUCUAUUCAGGUUUUAUAGUUAUGGACUGGAAAAAAAAUUCAGACAAGAAAUUUUUAAGGAUUUCCAAGAAGAAACCAAAAAAGACUACGAAUCUGGUCAGCUCUAUGGACUAGAAAAGUUUUGGGCUUAUCUAAAAUAUUCUCAAUCUAAGACACAGUCCGUUGACCCAAAACUUCAGGAAUACCUCUGUAGUUUUAAGAGGUUAGAAGACUUCCGUGUUGAUCCCCCUAUUAGUGAAGAAUUUGGAAGAAAAAGACAUUCAUCUACUUCUGGUGAGGAGAGUAGUCAUCAUAGACUUCCAUCCGAUUCCUCUACCAAGCCACCCAGUGCUGCUAAGCCUACAUCUGCCAGUCAGCUUCAGGCCUUGGUAAACUCUCCCAGAAGGAAUACUUCGCAGGAGUCCAGUGACAACUUACCCCAGAACAGUGCCGCCUCGGUUUCAACAAAUGGUGAAAUGCCUGAGAAAUAGACUCUUAUGAAAGCUGUUUGCCCUUGAAAUCAACAUUUACAUCCGUAUUUAUUUGAGAAAACCCUUCUGAUGCUUAAUUGUGAGAAUCAGAAAAAAGAAAAAGGACGAGCACUGGUAGUAUUUUUUCUAGCAAGACAAAUCCUAAAAAACGUUUUCCCUGAUUUCACGAAGGAUCGUUUUGGGAACCUUUUGUAGAGAUCCUCUAGUAAUGUAUUUUGGUCUCAGUAUUUCUUUUUUCAAAGCCAUUGUUUAUAAGAACCGCAUUCCUUAAAUAUGUACAAAAACAGCACAAGGAAUGCCUGACAUUUCAGCUCAUACUUCUUAAAGAAGAUACGGUAUAUCGUGUUCAUCUCUUCUGUAGAGCUUUCUUAAAGAAUCCAAGUUAGCCCACCAUCAACUCAAACUUGUCAAAUACAGAGGAAGAUUACAUAUGUAUUUUUUAAAUUCAGAAGAAGAAUAUGAAGUAAGUUUACUUUUCUUUUAGACGUAUAGUUUAAAGGGAACCUUCCCCCCCGCCCCCCACCCCCCAGAGGUAAACAUGUAUAGCAAGGUUGCAGCUACACUGAAGUCCCUGCACUCUGGGCGCUCGCUGCCUCGUGGUGUUUCCCGGCCCCUAGUCACACCUCAUGGUUUCUGUAGUUGCUGGGUUGGUGUUUCCCGGCCCCUAGUCACACCUCAUGGUUUCUGUAGUUGCUGGGUUGGUGUUUCCCGGCCCCUAGUCACACCUCAUGGUUUCUGUAGUUGCUGGGUUGGUGUUUCCCGGCCCCUAGUCACACCUCAUGGUUUCUGUAGUUGCUGGGUUGGUGUUUCCCGGCCCCUAGUCAUACCUCAUGGUUUCUGUAGUUGCUGGGUUGGUUUUCCCGGCCCCUAGUCAUACCUCAUGGUUUCUGUAGUUGCUGGGUUGCUGUGAAGUUUUCUGAAUAGGAGAGAUUUACUUUUGUGAUUCUAUGUAAAAACUUGCACAAGUAAUUGAAAACUGGGUUGGGAUUGGUUACAAUAUUGUCCUAAAUUAAUUACAUCUUGCACUGUUUUGAAUGCAUCUGCUGUUUGUACAUCUGCAAGUGGGUAUGUCACAAGUAGUCAGACUAUCGUUAAUUUAAAAGGAGUCCUGAGUUUUUCCUCUUUGUUUCCUUUAAAUUUGUUUUAUGCUCAUAAAGUAUUUCCAAAAGUUAUAGCAAAUUUAUUUCUAAUUUUUAUUGCUAUUGCAACUAAUGUAAAUGAUAGUUUCAGUUUUCGUGGGAAUUAAAAAAAAAUAAAGCACUUAUUCUGAAUUAUCUGAAUUGAUUUUUAAUUUUUUUGUUUAGAAUAUAGUUGAAAAGCUGUAACAUUUAAAUUCUGAUAAUAGAAGACCAUAAUAUUUUGUAAGUGAAGUUUCAGUUACAAACGUAUCUAUUUUUAUUUAGCACAACAUGAUUCAUGUAAAGGCAGAAGCAGCUAGUAAAAAUACACUAAAUUUCUUUUUGAGUGAAGUGAGUGGAUGUCUUGUUCUUAAAAAUAACAUUCAAAUACAUACAAUCUUCUUUGGAUAAAUGGGCUGUUCAUCAGUAAAUAAGAGAUUUUCAUUAGGUUUUCUCCCAUGCACAAAUGAUAAUAUGCUGUUUUGUAAUUUUUAAUAUUUGGGGGCUUGUUUUGUUGCUUUAAUUCUAGGAAGAAGUCAAAUUUGAAUAUUAGAAAAUUUUAUUUAGAGAUGUUGGAAAUGGGAUGCAAAACACCUAAUGGAUUAGAAUAAUUUUUAAUGUGUUUUCUCAAGUAGACAUGCAGUUCUGGCUUUUUAGUGAGAAAUUUCUAAACCAUGCUUAUUAGCUUUAAGUGGUCUGUUGGAAUGAUCUGGAAAUUUUUCUUGAUACCCUUUUUGUGUCAAACACAUACACUUGAAACUUGUGUUUAACCCAAGAUUAUUUCUGCUCAUCUAUAUAAAAAAAAAGUGUAAAUUUAAUUGGAAAACUGUAUAUUUUUUAUAUAUGAAUCAAGAAUUUUGACAUAUGUAUUAAUUGAUAAUUUUAUCAUAUUAUUUUGACUUAUAAACUUAAUAAGUAUACAUUGGGAAGUUCAGAAAACUACAAAGAAGAAAAUAAAGCACCUUUUUAAAAAAGAAA